CUCAGGGAAUAAAAUCAAAAUAAGAAGGAUUGGCAAAUGAGAAUUGUUUGCUAGUUAUUGAGUGCGAUAAUUUAAUGUAACAAGCAGGAUAAAAUUACUCAACAGUGUAAUAUGUACGUGUAUAUUAGAUUGUGAUAUAUACGAUUUGUUAUCCUUGUCAUGGCAACGAAGAUGGGCAUAUAACGAGUCCGAAGUUGCAUUGACGUUUAGUAUCGGGAAGACAAUGCAGUAGCUUUCAUCGAAUUUAUAAAGAGGAUAUUCCGGCUUAAUCAUGAAAUUUCGUCGCGAGAACGUGUUUUUGAUACAGUCUAAACAAAGCAGCGGUGAAGACAAAGAAAAGAUAAUAAAUUUGCGUCUUACGUACAAUUAAUAACGAAGCGGAUGAUAAGAUCAAGAUGCUUAAAAAGAAGAAAGGCGGUAGCGAGAAGGUGCGGAAGAAGUGUUUGAACGAGAGAGAAACGGUGUCUUACGAACAGCAGAUCCUAGACUACAAUAGGCAGUUGUCACGAUUACGCAGUCGGAAUGAAGAACUGGAAAACGAGGUGAAAGCCAUCACGAAGAAAUUCGAGCAGCUGAAGGAGGACCGAUCCGACAUCGUGGCGCAUUUGAAGCGCAAUUUGGAGGAGAAGACGGAAGAGGCGCGAGAGUUGAAUGAGCGUUUGUCAGCUUUAGAAGAAUUGAGGAAGCAGGAGCUGGCUGAAUGCAAAGAGAAAGAGAGCGCAAUGGAGUUCGAAUACCGCACCAUGGAAAACACUUUAAGUGCCGAAGUGAAACUCGCCGCUGGCAAGCUGAACGCAUUGGAAGACUGGAGAUUAGCUCGUUUGGACCUGAUGAAUAAAUUCGAAGUACAGGAGAAACGAAUUGCGGAACAAGAGGAAGCGCACAAGACGGCGCUCUAUGAAACUGAGAAAUCUGUUAUCAUCACGAAGGCUAAAAUGCAGAAGGAGAUGGAGGAACGCUUGAAGCAACUUGCUCAGGAGUUCAAGAAAGCGACGAACAUCCGCAUAGCGGAUAUGAUGCAUAACGUGAUCAGGAGGAAUAUCACGCUCAAUCACGAGCUGAACACGAUGAUGAAAGUUUGCCAAGACUUGGAGACGCAGAGCGCGGAAUGCCAAAGCAACGACCGUAUGCUUAGGUUGCAGUGUGAGUUAUUCGAGGCGGAGGCGAAAAUCGCGCUGAGCGAUGCCAUGAGACAGAAGCACGCGACGCACAAACUCGCGCACGAGCACAUAGAUCUGUUCCUCGAAUACGGUCGAUUGCAGCGAGAGAACGCGCGUUUCAGUAAUUACGAACGAAUAAUGAACGAGUAUAAGACGAUAUGCGCAACGUCGAAGGAGAAGGUGAAGGAUCUCGAACUGCGCUUGCAGGAAAUGAAGAAAGCCCGGGAAGACGUCUUAGUGGAAGUGCGAGAGAAAUGCGCCGAAUUUGAUAGACUGAACGUCACCUUGAACGAAGCCAAACGUUGUGUGCUGGAGACUUUACAGUUGCAGAAACAGGAUAUUCGUACGAGUGAUAUCUGUACUUCAUGUUGCGCCGAUCAAAAACAAAAGAUUAUUCAUUCAUUGCAAGAUAUCCUGGAGAAAAGCAGUAUUUCCAAUAUGGAACACAAUGAUUCACAGGUGGAUGAAGAUGAAUUUUAACAACGGAAUGUGACAAGAAGAAGCACACAAAGAAUUCCCAAUCGAGCUUCAAGCGAAAGAAAAAGCUUGCACACAUUCGCGGAAAGAAAUAUCGGCUCGUUCCUUGAUCGAUACGCAUUGCACGCGUAAUAAACGAUGAGCCCAAUUGCGGUUGCGAUCCGCGUCAGAAAACUUUACAUAUGUAGUCAGUACGUUCGUAAAUUGAUCACACGAUAAAAUGCCAAUCUGGCUUUGCGUAUGCGCAAAACGGAGAGCGCGCAUCGCAUCAUCUGUUUCGGGGAAUCUCAAAAAUCUUCUUUAUUCCCGAUUA